UCAGUUUGUAGUGAUCAAACCAUAAGUAUUAAGUGUUGUUCGUUGAUUGAAAAACGCUUAUGAACUGAGUAUUUAUUAUGCCGAGAGGUACUAUGAUACAUGCCAUGCAUCAGAUUAAUGAUUUUAAUGAAACAUAUAUGGAAAAUAAGUAUGAUAUUUCUGAAGAACAAUAUUACUAUGGAUCCAACAAACGCAAAAGGAAAACAGCUGCUCCUCAAAAGCGGGAACCUCCAGAGGAAACCUGUGAAAAUGAUGUUAAGAUGCUGCUUAAGAAUCCUUCUUUUGGAGCAAUGAACUUGGUCUCAAAAGAAAAUAACCCUUCAUCUUUGAGUUCUACUGAGCACUCUCUUAAUGCAUCAAAUGAUGGCUUUAUAAACACAUCUCCGGAACAUAUACGACUUUAUACCGCAAUGCUUAACUAUUUUCUUUCAAAAUGCAGGUCCAAUACUGACUGUAAAGUUGGGUCAUUUCCUACAUAUGCACCAAACACUGAUGUUAACCAUGGUUUUGAAAAGACUUUCAACUCCACAUUCACUAGCAAUCUAUCACAUUUUUUUUCAACAAAUCAACUUAGCCAAAACGCAAACCCUCUGGCCUUUAUGUCGAGCGAACAUAGUCCAAUUAAUGGAUUUCACAACGAAGCGCCUUACUGCUCUAAUUCCAAAGAGUUUGACAGCAUUUAUAAGAAUAUCCUUUCGAAAUAUGGUGCGUAUCUGGACUGGAGACAAGCCGUUAUGAAUUCUAUUAGCACAUGUAUAACCAACAUACCAGUGCCAAAAUCUGGAUUUCCAAAUUAUGAAGCUAUGUCUGCUUGCUACAAAUCCUUGAUAGAUAGAGCUUAUGCUUUACAACAGUCUGUGGAAUUGUACUUUAGAAUGAUUCAGAAUUGUCUUUCAUAUGAUCCAGUUCCUUGUCCAAACAUGAAUAAUGUUAGUAUGAGCCCUCCAGCGCGUAAUGAUGUUUGGAGUGGGCCAAAUAACAGUAUCCACAGUUUUUCAUCUCAACCAUUAUGCACUUCAAGCUCAUAUUCUACCGUAAAUUUGUCUGCUGUCCUUACUGAUAUUCUUCAAACUAGUAACUCAACGCUCAGUUCACAGGAGUUACCUGAUGGGCAAAAACAAGUUUCAGGAGUCAUGUUUGCACAUAACAACCAACCACCAUGUACGUAUAUGCCUACGUGUCAGACACAAAACAGUCUUCAGUCCCCGGUGGAUUUAACUAAUUCAGACCGCAAUAAGCCAGCAAUUGCGUCUAUUUCAGUCAGUUCACAAGCAAACGAAGUAAGAGCUCAUAGAUCAGAUAGGUCAAAUAAAGAAAACUCAUACGAUUAUGCAGUGCAUGACGAACCAGAUAUAUAUGACCUUGUAUGUAAACCGGAACAUAGCCGGAUUCCAACAGUAGAGAGAGAUGGGGAUUUCACAUUUUCAAACUCUGGUGAUCACGAUUCAGUUACUAAUGUUGACUCACGAAACGGUUUUGUCCCUCAGAACCCAAAACACAGUGCAGAGAACAUGUUAUGUAGCUCAGUAAUUAGUUGUCCUUCAAGACCAAAUGUUAAUAUAAGGAAGAAAAGCUAUUUUAAAACAAAGCGCAUGAAAAAAUCAUUCGGUUCAACUUCAAUGCCAAACCCUACCAAUAUCUGUACUGAAAGCUCUUCUCCAAAAAAAUCCAAUUUUAGAGGAACCAGUGAGGAAGAAAAUAAAGUGGCUCCUAAUUUUAAACCAAUAGAAGUAAAUAGUCAAAUACUACUAUCUGAAGCUCAUCCAAAUGUGAAAUUAUCCAAAGAUAUAUUCUACAGCUUGAUUGUAAAAUCAUCUGGUAGUGCUACUCGACUAAUUAGAUUAUUGAUGAAAAGUUUUUUUACACAAGAUGAAUUAGCUGCUUCAUCAUUAUCUGGUGAAGGUAUAUACAAACAACGUCUGGAACCAAGUGUAACAGAAGCUAUAAAAAUAUUUAUUCGUCAAAGACAUCCACAAUUGAAAACUGGAUCUAUCAAUCUGUGUAUGACAGAUGUAUGUGUUCAAGCAAGACGAGUUGCUAAUAAUCAACGAAGUCGACAACAUCCAUUACAUAUUUCACCAUCUCGACAAGAAUUAACAAAAUCUCAUGGAAAUAAUUCAACUGAUCAAUAUGAAUGUGAAAGUCUUUUAGGUAUUAAAAAUCGAAUGAACAAUUCAAUUCGUUCAAUUUCAACUGGAAAAUUGUCAAAAUAUAAUCAUGAGAGUAUAAUUAUGACAACAGUGACAACAACAACAACAACAACAUCAUCAUCAUCAUCAUCAACAUCACCACAACAACAAACAUUAAUGAAUCCUUUAAUCAAUGAAUAUGAAUCUAAUUAUUGUAUUGAAAUCCCAAAAACUGAAAUUAAUGAUACUGGUUUUAUAGAAUCAGAAAAUGAUGAAUCUAUUCUACACAUUGUUGAUGAUGGACAUGAUCUUUGUUCAGAUGAAAUAGAUACACCUGCAUCAUGUUCUGUUCAUUCAUUUAUCUCAGAUCAAAAAUAGACAACAUUGAUACCAUUGAACAAAUGUUUAUAAAUGCAUUAACAAAGAAAUAUUAUUUCAGGGCUGUGUAACAACUAUCUUAUCACUAUACUGUUGACUUUAUCUCAUCUAUUAUUCUUUAAUUAAAUGAAUAAAUAUUUGUGAAUAAUUAAAUUGUUUGAUAGAAAAAGAGAGAGACAGAGACAGAGACAGAGGUGAACAAUUUGAGCAGCAAAAUUCAUUUAAGUUUACAUUGAAUUAAAAAUAAAGUUUUUUUAACCAUGUCAAAUAUGUUUAUUUUCUCCUUUGAAGACAAUAGAAGCUAUGCGUGAUAAUAGUUAUUAGGUUUCAUUAUUUAUUUAGUCUACAGGGUGUUUAUUAUUUCCAAUUCUUUUAAAUUAUUGCAGCAUUAUGAAUUAUUCAUUAAUUUCUUUCUUGUUUUGUUUGUUUUUCAAGAUUGUAUCCUUUUUAAUACAAUACUACUAAUGUUAAUAAAGUACUACAUUACAAUUGUAGCAUACUGUUUUUUUUUUAAGUUUGAAGACUUUGACCUUUAUCAAGUCUGGUGUUGUGUCAAUUGAUUAAUUGAUAAGUAAUUAAUUUUUAAUUUAACUCUGAAAAAGGAG